AUGGCCAAUAGGGGGCGCAGCUCGUAACAUCCCGUCAUUGUUUAUUGCAAAAUGACGGAAAACAGCGCGUCGCCGGAGGAUCCCUGGCUCAAACAGACGGACGGCACCUUCAGCGACAACGGCUUCGAUCACAGUUUCUUUGCCGAGAGUGCUCACAAAGGAAGUUUGGUGUCAAGAGCCAACAGCAUUGGAUCCACAAGUGCCUCUUCAGUACCAAACACAGAUGAUGAAGACAGUGACAACAGACAUGAGACGCCCUAUAAGGAGUCGUAUAAAGAUCGGAGGAGACAGGCACACACACAGGCAGAGCAGAAACGCAGAGAUGCCAUCAAGAAAGGCUAUGAUGACCUGCAGUUUAUAGUGCCUACAUGCCAGCAGCAGUCGGACUUUGCCAUGGCCACACAGAAGAUGAGUAAAGCUACAGUCCUGCAGAAGACAAUCGACUACAUUCAGUUUCUCCACAAAGAAAAGAAGAAGCAGGAAGAGGAUGUUUCCACUCUUAGGAAGGAGGUGAUGGCGCUGAAAAUUAUGAAAACGAACUAUGAGCACAUUGUGAAGGCCCAUCAGAAUAACCCUCAGCAGGGCAGCGAGCAGGUUUCAGAUCAGGUGAAGUUCAGUGUGUUUCAGAGCAUCAUGGAUUCUCUGUUCCAGUCCUUCAGUGCCUCAGUGUCAGUCAACAGCUUUCAGGAGCUCUCUGCCUGCGUCUUCAGCUGGAUCGAGGAACACUGCAAGCCCCAGACGCUGAGAGAGUUUGUGGUGACUGUGCUGCAGCAAGUGAAUGGUCAGCUGUACUGAAGCUGUCUGUCUGUCUCUCAGGCUAAUAGCUCAUUCAAGAACAGUCUCUCUAAUGGACUGCGGUGCGUUCAAGAACUCUGAAGAGAUGUAGCAGCGCUUGCUCAAGUAUUGACUGAUAUAGUGAAGUGUUUAUGGCAGUGAUUCCAAUCAAAAAAUGUGGAAAUGCAAUAAUUGUCAAAUUGUCAUUUUCUUACCAGCCAAAUUCACACCCAAAUAUACGGAGGUGUGAGAUGUCUCAAUUUGCUGCAUUAUAAACCAGAAGCUGCCUUUGAAUGAUUAAGCUUGGUAUGUUGCAUUCAGUGCAACAUCUUUACCUCAUGUUCAAGUCAUUUUCCAAAGCACAACUACAUUUUCACCUUUGCAAACUAGUGCUGGAAAGGGGAGCCGAGACGUUUAGUUACACUGUGAUGCAUCAUUGUCAGUUGGUUUUUACGUUCAAAAACAGCUGUCCCUCAUGCUUUAAUAUAAUUAAAGUUAGGCAAUGCUGAGCCAUCUUAGUUCCUCUUUUAAACCACUGUCAUUGGGAUGAUGUGACCAAAGAUUGCAGUGUCUACGCACAAUUAAUGGAAGAUAAACCUCUGUUUGUCAGGUUAUGUCAAUUUUUGUUCAGCUGUGUGUAGCGCAAUAAUGUUUUAUUCUACAUUUAUGUUAAUGGUUUAAGCUCUUGUGAAGUAUUUUUUUGUGCUGCAUAAGCUAUCAGUGAAGACAGUGCAUGGUAGCAGCUUCACUUGGUGUGACCGCCCAAUUCUAUUUAUAUUUUUAAUGAAUGUUAAUUAAGGCAUAAUGAAAAUUAGAAUUGGAGUCUACUCAGGACACAGAUUUUUAGGUAUCGAGAUCUUUUUUUAAAUAACAGAUGAUUGUACAACCAACUGUUUGACCUGUGCUGGAAUAAGGGACGUCUUUACAAGUUAAGCCAUACAGUGGAGCGAAAUGCCAGCUCACAGAACGAGGCUACGUCGUGCUGAACUACUAUACUAGACUCUGUGCUUCUGCAUUUCU